GAGGACGUGGGAAAGAUGGGGUGGGCAAAAGGGGUGGUGGAUCGGACAGGGGAGAUGAUUUCGUUCGUGCGCAACCAUCAUUGGACGCGCGCUUACCUGAGGACCCCGGAGUUGGUGGAGGGGAAGGUGCUGCAGCCGCUGAAGCCGGCGGGAACACGACGGACGCAGAUGCCAAGGGGAUGAUGGGCCGGCUUUACGAUGUAAUGCUGCAGCUUACGGAGGAUGUCAACAACCUCUUGGACGAAGAUGAGGAGCAGCUGAGUACCACGGACAAGGUGCAGAUCCGUCGCAUCAUCAAGAACCGUUGGGAUAACAACCUCGCCUGCGCCAUGCACGUUGCUGGCCGAAUCCUCAAUCCCGCCAACCAGGAGGAGGACAUCUUCGGCAGCGACGCCGAAUGCACCCGGGUUUUCAAGGCAUUUAUCAACCAGCACGUGGAGUUCCUCAUCGGCCACGACGGGAAGGGGAGGGAGGAGGAUGUUGAUUACUUGCUUGCCUUGGGUGACGGGCUGAGGGCUUUCUUGGACCUGAAAGGAAGUUUCGGGAUGCCGGAGGCGCUUGCACAAAGGGCGGAGGUGAAGGCGGGUAAAUACUUUCCUUUUGCGUCAUCUCUCAAUUUCGUCACCGCGUCACCUCUUCUCGUCCGGCCGCCGCCCGUCGCCCCGCAGCUUCCCGUCGGGCCGCCGCCCGUCGCCCCGCAGCUUCUCGUCGGGCCGCCGCCCGUUGCCCUGCAACUUCUCGUCGGGCCGCCGCCCGUCGCCCCGCAACUUCUCGUCGGGCCGCCGCCCGUCGCCCUGCAACUUCUCGUCGGGCCGCCACCUGUCGCCCCGCAGCUUUUCGUCGGGCCGCCGCCCGUCGCCCCGCAUCUGCACUUCUACCCCCAUUCCCCUUUUCCCGCAGCUAAACAGGUGCAGCAACGCAGCCGAGCAGCAGUGCAGCAGCGCAUCCGAGCAGCAGAGUAG